AUGCUUACAAAACACUCUAAUACAGAAAGAAUGAAAAGAAGUGCAGAAUUAGCUUAUCUCAAAGAAUAUUAUCCACAAAAUUUAGUUCAAUUUCAUAAAAUAGGUGUAAAACUUCAAAAUGCACCAGAAAAUGAAAAUGAAGUUGUUGUUGAACCUGAUGUACAUUUUCAAAUUGAUGGAAAAGAAUAUCUUGUUUUUUUCAAUAACCAUUUAAGGGAAAUAAAUACAGUUUUAAAUCGUUGGUUAGAAAUUGAAUUUUCAGAACAUGGGUUUAUUAUGCCAGAUAUUAUUAAAAUGUCUGUUAAACGAGUUGCAGAAAAAGGAAAAACAGAUAACAUAGUCAUAGGAUUUUUAAAAGGAGCAGGUAUUGGUUUAAUUCCAGGAUAUGGACUAUACCAAGGAAUCAGAGGUUGGGGUUGUAAUAUAUUUCCAACUUUAGUAUCUUCAAAAGCAAAAGAAAAUGAAGAUAGAAUUUAUCGACUAGCACAUCAUGUUUAUAAAACAAAAGAAUUAAUUGAAAAAUAUGGAAGUGAAAUACAAUCAGGUAAAAUAUGUGCUAUAUGUAUUGAAAAGAGUUUCAAUGGGAAGAGUGAAUAUAUAACAGAUUGUGAUAAUGAAUUAUAUCAAGAUGUGGAAGCAAUUCUUUAUAAAAUAAUGUCAUCUUACGAAAAAAGUAAAGAUGAAAAAUUGAAUGAUUUAAAUAGAUUUUUGUAUGGGUGUGAGAAAAAGAUUCAACCAACAGUAGAUGAAAUUAGAAGAAUGGAGUUUUGUUUUGUAAUUAAUAGAGUGAAUUCAUAUCUUACAAGAGAAGAAGAAUUAUUAAGCGACAAAUCAUAUGAAGAAUUAAAAACAAUGACAAAUCUUAGGAGAAGAUUGAAUCAGCUUGCUAUUAAAUACAAACAUUUGUAUUUAACAAAUACACAAAUUCUUCUUGGAAUUAGAAUAAGUCGAUGUAAAAUUCUUGUUGAUAAUAGAAAAUGUAAAACAAUAUUUAUUGAAAGUUCAAAUGUGAGAGAAUUUUAUAAAAAGAUUAAUAAAAGGUUAGAUGCAGAAGUACAGAUUCUUACAAACAAAUAUUCAUUCAGUGAAAUUCCAAUUGAAAAGAUUAUAGAAACAGCACAGAGUUUAAACCUAGAUAACAUUCAAGAUUCAAUAGAUAAACUGAAAAAAGAAAUUAAUGAAAAAAAAGAAGAAAGAGAAAAGUUAUUGGGAAAUGCAGCAACUGAAGUUGGAAAAGUAAUCAUACAGAAAGUAGAAGAUAUAUCAGAUAUUGCUGUUUCAAUUUAUAAUAUUGGUUCAUUAAUACAGCAAUUUAAUAAAAAAGAAAAUACUAAUCCACCAAAAAUUGAAACAAAUAGUAAAGAAAAUACAAAUUCAAAUGAAGAACAAAAAGAUGUUAAAAAAGAGAAUACUAAUCCACCAAAAACUGAAACUAAUAGUAAAGAAAAUAAAGAAAUAAUUCAAUCAUCUAAUACAAACAAACAAAUUAAUUCAUUACAUUCACUUGCAUUAAAUAAUACAUCACUUGGAAUAGCAUUAAAAGUUAUCAAACCUACUCCAGAACAAUUAGAUAAAUUACAUUCGUCAUUUAAUAAUUUUGUUGAGGCACAAAAAUUAACAUACGAAAUUGAAUCAUUUAAAGAACAAUUAAGUGUGUUAGAAAAAGUUCAAGAAUUAUCAAAUGAUUUUAUCAACUUACUCAAACUUAACAUAGAAUUGCAAAGAGAGUGGUUAUUUGAUGAGAUUGAUAUUAAUGAAUAUUUAGGAAUUAUUGUUACAGAAGAUAAUAGAUAUGUUGUUAAUCCACGAACUAAUUCUGAACGUAAAUCUAAUCAUAAAAUAUAUGAAAUAGAGAAAGUACUAAAUUAUAAUGAAGGAAAUGAAGAAUAUUGA